AUGGAUGCGUGGGUAAAGCACGGCGACAAGUGCGACGGCAACAAAUUUGUGCGCCCGGGAGAAAAGGAUAUCUACGUCCAGCUCACCAUCUCCUUGGCCCUCGGCUUGAGUGCCUUUAUCGUCUUUUGCUUUCUACGACCACGAUGGCCGACCCUAUAUGCCGCCCGGAAGCGACACAACGAUCGCAACAUUAAUCUUCCCGAGUUGCCAAACAGUUUUCUAGGAUGGAUGCCGGCUUUAUACAGAGUCACAGAUGCGCAGGUACUGGCUUCGGCCGGGCUGGAUGCCUACGUGUUCUUGAACUUUUACAAAAUGUCGAUGCGGCUUUUUGCCGUUAUGCUGUUCUUUGCCGCCGCUGUGCUUUGGCCCAUCAAUCAUGCCUUUGAGGGCGACAUUGACCUGGGCAGCCCUCACAAGAACAAGACGACUACUUUUGAUCCCGACUUUGACUACUACCGACAAACGUACGCACCUUCUUCUUCCUUCUCGAUGUUCGAAACCGACGACGACGACGUAGAGUAUCCUCCAGAUGGUUGGAUAUAUUGGAACAAACCUCAUCUUUGGUCGUAUCUUGCCUUUACCUGGUUCUUCUCGCUCCUCACGCUGUACUACAUGAACAAGGAGACUUUCAAUGUGAUUAGAAUUCGACAGGACUAUCUUGGCACUCAGUCCACCGUGACGGACCGGACAUUCAGGCUGACGGGUAUUCCUCAAGACCUGAGGUCCGAGGCCAAGAUCAAGGAAUUUGUCGAGAAUUUGGAAAUCGGAAAUGUCAGCUCCGUGACGCUCUGCCGACAAUGGGCCGAAAUUGACGGCUUGAUGACCGAAAGAGAUGCAGUGCUCCGAAAGUUGGAGGAAGCUUGGAGUGUUUACAUGCACAAGCAGCCUCGCCUGGGUGUUGCACGCCCUCGGAACCAGGGUAAUAGCCUAGGCACGCACAACAAUGAGCAAGGCUCUCACGAAAGCAGCCAGCUCCUCACAGGCGACAGUAUUCACAACAUAGAGGACAGGCCGCGACCGAAAACCCGCGUCAGAUUCGGAUUCCUCAACUUUAGAACUCGUCUAGCCGACGCUAUCGACUAUUACGAUGAAAAGCUCCGGGUUAUAGAUGAGAAGGUGAUGGAGGCUCGCAAGAAGGAAUACAAGCCCACGGCCACUGCGUUCGUCACCAUGGACUCGAUUGCAGCUUGUCAAAUGGCGAUUCAAGCACUCGUGGACCCUCGGCCCGGACAGUUGCUGUCAAAACCCGCGCCUGCGCCUACGGAUGUGGUCUGGAAGAAUACCUACACUCCCAUAUGGCGGCGCCGUCUACAAUCCUGGGUGAUUACAGUUUUUAUUGCCGUUCUCACAAUCGUGUGGAUUGUGCCAGUCGCGACACUGGCUGGUCUUCUCAGCAUUUGCACCAUUGAAAAAGCGUCGCCGGCACUGGCCGAAGCUCUUCUGAGACACGAAAUUACCAAAGCACUUGUGCAGACAGCACUGCCUGUAGGAGUGGUGUCCUUGCUCAAUGUCUUGGUGCCAUAUCUGUACGAUUUCCUCGCGAAUUACCAAGGAGUUAUAUCUCAGGGUGACAUUGAGCUGUCAGUCGUAUCCAAGAACUUCUUCUUCACCUUCUUUAACGUGUUCCUGGUCUUUACCGUGUUUGGCACGACAUCGCGUUUUUGGCCGGUCCUGCGCAACUCCCUACGCGAUACUCAGUAUAUCGCUGUCACUCUGGCGGGCUCCAUUCAGACCUUGAGUAAUUUCUACCUCUGUUUCAUCAUGCUACAAGGUAUUGGCCUGCUGCCCUUUAAGCUCCUGCAAUUCGGCAGCGUUUGCAUGUAUCCCAUUUACAGAUGGGGUGCCAAGACACCUCGCGACCAUGCCGAGAUUGUUCAACCGACGCUCUUUAGCUACGGCUUCUAUUUGCCGACUGCCCUGCUGGUCUUUAUUCUGUGUCUCGUCUACAGUGUACUUCCGGGCUGCCACCUGGUUCUGUUCUUGGGCCUGUGUUAUUUUACAUUUGGCUUUUUCGUACACAAGUACCAGCUGGUAUAUUCGAUGGAUCAACCACAGCACGCUACUGGUGGCGCGUGGCGCAUAAUUUGCUAUCGCAUCAUCCUGGGCUUGUGCAUUUUCCAGGUGGUCAUGGCGGGUAUUCUGUCUCUUCGAGGUGCUUUUUACGGGGCAGCUCUUGUCAUUCCGCUCACCAUGUAUACCGUAUGGUAUUCAUACUACUUUAGCCUGCGCUACUCGCCGCUCACCAUUUUUAUUGCUCUACGCAGCAUCAACCGAGACACUGAUCCAGGCGUUCUGAGACAACCCAGCGUGAUGCGCAUGGCACGACGCCUGAGCACAGUCGACGAGGACAGGGAGAAGGGAAUGAGAUUUGUGAAUCCGAAUCUUGUGCGACCCUUGGAAACACCGUGGAUCUAUCACGAGCCUCCACCACAGUUGACGCCUGGCGAAUCAAUGUAUGUCCCCUAUAGUGAUACCCCUGAAAACGGCAAUACGAACGGAACACCCACACCCCAAAAUGAAAACGGACCUGGCAACCGAAGUGGUUCAAGCUCAUUCAGUCUGGGCGAUACCCAUAUUUGGAGGAACAACGGAGACAACAACGUGUAA